GAAUGAUGUAUUGUCGUCGGAACUUAUCCAAUUAGCCUGCGUCUCUCUCUCUCUCUCUCUCUCUCUCUCUCUCUCUCUCUCAUGUUUUCAUCACUUCCGACUCCAUGUCCCCCACCCUCCUAGCUUCCUCACUCCUUCACUCCUCUCUUCCAUCUCAUCCCCCUGUAACCUCUCACUCUUUCCUCGCCCACGACACCACCCAACAAACCAAAUUUAUCCAGUUUGCCACCAUCCCUACUUCCACACCCAAUUCCUCACAAACCACAUCAGACCAAUUAAGCAGCCCAAAAGAGGUUAUUUCCAAUCCAAUUUAUCAAAUUGGGUUCAAUUCAGUUUCCCAAGAUAGCAGAACCAGUAGUAAACUACAAGUUCAAAACUUGGUCAAAAGAAUUACAGCAUUACCCACUUCCCAUAAAUCAAGAAUCAUCGAUACCUUCCAAUCAGAUGGCGGUUUCAACACCAUAUCCGACUUCAAUGAUCUCCUCAUGGCUUUUGUCGAAGCAGAUGAACUUGAAAUUGCCUUGAAACUGAUGAGCUCAGAUAUAUCAUCCUCUCAUGGGUUAUUCCCAAACAGCUGGACAUAUUCCAUUAUGAUCAAAUUACACUGCAAGAAAAACCAUCUCAGUGAGGCCAAAAGAGUCCUAGACCACAUGCUCGAAAACGGGUUCCAGCCAAACGCUGCAACGUUCACUGACCUCAUCAGUGCAUUCUGCAGAGGAGGGAGAGUGGGGAAAGCACUGGAAGUUAUAGGGAUAAUGCGUGGAAUCGGUAUUGAGCUGACGAUUCGGACGUACAAUUGUCUGUUAAAGGGGUUGUGUUAUGUGGGGAAAGUAGAGAAAGCUUAUGAAUUGUUGAUGAAUAUCAAGAAAUCUUCCAAGAAGAAACCCGAUAUUUAUACGUACACGGUGGUUAUGGAUGGGUUUUGCAAAGUGGGUCGGUCAGAUGAGGCAUAUGAAUUGCUUGUUGAAGCUCUGGAGGUGAGUUUGACCCCAAAUGUGGUCACUUACAAUACUUUGUUUAAUGGGUAUUGGAAGGAGGGGAGGCCACUGGAGGGUAUGAAUGUGUUGAAGCAAAUGAAGGAUAGAGGUUGUGUACCUGAUUACAUCAGUUACAACACCUUGUUGUUUGGUCUGUUGAAAUGGGCUGAGAUUCGCGCGGCAGUUAGGAUUUAUAAGGAGAUGGUGGGGAUCGGUUAUCGGGUGGACGAGAGGGUGAUGAACAAUUUGUUGAGGAGGUUGUGCAGGGGUUCUAGGAGGGAGGGAGGGCUGUUGAAAGAUGCGUAUGAAGUGUUUGAGAGAAUGGCUGACUGGGAGUUUGUUGUUUACGAUUUUACGUACGAUUUGGUGAUUGAAGCAUAUUGCCGCGGGAGGGAUGCAGAUUUGGCUCUGGUCAAUUUGCACAGGAUGGUUGGAUUGGGAUAUGAUCCGAAGAUUGUUACGUUCAACAAUGUUGUCCGGGCACUCUGUGUCGAGGGAAAGGUUGAAGAGGCAUUGUCAGUUGUCGUCAUGUAUAGAGGGAGAGGAUUUCCUAGCAGAGCUACUGUCGACAUUUUGAUUGAUGAGCUUAAUCGACGGUUAAGGCAUUCUGAAACGUGUAGGUUGUUGGCCGCAGGAUUGAAACUGGGUUUGAUUCCAAACAGAGAAGCGAGAGGAAAAAACCCUUAUUCGCAUUCGAAACAAGUCACCUUGCACAAUGUCAGUUGAAAAAAUGUAAGAUCAUAUUUGAGGUUUGUUUCUAGCAGCAAGGCGUUCAUCAACCUCCCUUCCAGCAUACUACAAAUAUAGGGAAGGAUAGGAAGUGAUCGAAAAGAUCAGAGUAUUUCUGAACUUUGAGGCUUUACAAUCAUAGAAGAGCUCUGACAUGAUCUUGCAACAGAAGAAUGGCCGCCUAUGCUAUGUGCCAUUUUUUUAAAACCUUCAAAUUGAAGUGUAAAUGGAAACUCGCAGAAUUUGGUUGACUGUUAUAUUCUUGAACCCUAUUAGCAUGAGGGUUUCAAGUCACUUCAGAUGUGCUAUUAGAAGGAUUACUUGCAAUUAUUGGGAAACCAAAUUGAGAUA